AUGGCCACAGAUCACCAGAGCCUUCGUCUCCGGGUAUACUUGUUAUGGGUGGACAUCUGGUUGUCAGAGGAUAGGUUCAAGGGCCCGUGUCCAACAUUGCCUAUCCAACCUGUGGAUGAGCUAGCCAAGCUAUUCCAAGACGAAAACUUGUCCCAACUGCUCUGCCGUGACCGUUUGUCCCGGGUGGCUUUUUCGUUCCUGCACCACGUCCGAGUUGGCAACUUGACAGUGGCUGGCAUAUGUGCUCCGACGUGCGAAGACACAGAUUUGCUCUCGGAGGCUUACAAUCCGCGGUCUGAAUGCUGCUGUGACGGCGAUUAUCCCCUUGCCGACGGGGUUGAUCUACAGAGGUUUCUCUCCCAGUCGGAUUGCAAGGCUAUCCGCAACACAAUGCUGGCCGUUGCAAAGGUCAAUGCCCGCAUAGGUCGCGAAUGGAGUGGCAAUGGAAUAUUUACACCGGAGAAGCUGUUCAAGGCCGCGGAGGAGCUUGUUCUUGCUAAUGCUGACUCCCUGCCAGCACCUAUCACUUGUUACGGUGAACCUAUGCUUGCCAACGUUCAGGCUCCGGAUCGCCGCCCUGAUCCUCCCAUCGAUACCGAUGUGUCUGUCUUCUGUGAGCUAUAUCCGACGGUUGAACAAAUCAAACUCUGUGUGGACGCGAAGUACUUCUUCGCCAUGGCAUGCGGUGCUGGAAGAUGCGACGAAGGCCUGGCCCGGGCAAUUGCCGAUUCAGGGAACGACAUCCUCAUAGGGGACUAUUGCGAAGCGGCAGACGAGACAACCCUCAGGAAGCUGCAGCGGACUGGCGCGGCAGCGCUGGCGUUCCUGAAGCUGUGCAACAUGGCGGGAGCCAUCACAGACUGGCAGCUGGGCACUCUCGGGGCCGGGAUCAUCCAGUUCCGGGCGCUGGGUUAUUAUCGGGACCACGCACAAGGCCGCAUCCCUGGUGGGCUCUACGGUAGUCGAAUGACUGGGAAUAUCGUACACCGGCACAUUGAUAUCGCGAUUUUCAAUGGGAUCAUCCCGGCGUCCGUGGCCACCGGCGAGGAGCUGAAUGAAGUGCAGUACAAUCGGCUUGCCGAAGCAUGCAGCCUGAUCAACGAUCUGAUCGACCUGCGGAGUGACGCAAUGCGGAGAAUGAGAGAAAACACCGUUCUGAGAGGGAUACGCCGGAAUAUCUGCGAGUAUCUGAACCGGUUAUUGGGCCACUGCUUGCAGGUCGUUUCGCUCGUGGGCCGAGCGUAUUCAAAACACGUACGGAGAUGGAUAGAUUAUUCCAUGUCUACCGAAACCAGCCACUGA